AUGGGGCAUCCGUCCAUCGUCUUCAAGAGCCGCCAGGGGCUCAUUACGGACUACCUUGAUGGAUACAAGUGGUUGAAGGCUAACACGCCAUCGGAUGCCCGGGUCAUGGCAUGGUGGGACUACGGCUACCAAAUCACCGGCAUAGGAAACCGAACCUCUAUUGCAGAUGGCAAUACUUGGAAUCACGAACACAUCGCUACACUUGGCCGAACGUUGACGAACCCGGAAAAGAAGGCUCACAACAUCAUGCGGCACCUUGCAGACUACGUGCUGGUCUGGGCGGGUGGCCAAGGCGAUGACAUGGGCAAGUCGCCCCACUUGGCACGCAUAGCCAAUUCCGUUUUCCCAGAUGUUUGUGGCGAAGAUGAUCCAACCUGUAGGAAAUUUGGCUUCUAUGCCGGUGGCCAACCAACCGAGAUGAUGGCAGCAUCUUUCCUAUACAAGGCCGUGAGGCACAACAUCGACGAAGGAGUCCGAUUGGACGGCAAGUUGUUCCAAGAG